AUGUAUGGCUAUUACUCGUGGACGGCAUCAUCAGCCACACAGGGAGCAGAGUCCCAAAAUGCUGGCAUCUCAAGCACGCCGCCAAUAAAACAACCCUCAACUCACCCUACAAACCUCUUAUCCCUCCUCGCCACAGCGCAAGACAAACAAGUCGACUUCCUCCCCAUACCAUGGGACGAAGCAACCUCCGACCAUGACGGCCAAGCCUCCAUCAGCCAGUCCUUCUUCAACGAAAAGCUCAGCUACGUGUUCAAGCGCCUCCACCGGAACUUCAAGUACCCAGCCGGCGAGAUCGUCGCCCUCAGAGCCGUCAUUUCGAAACCAUCGUGCUGGGACACCCCAAGAUUCGGGGCCAUCCGAAUAUCGUGCGGCUGGUGGGCGUGUGUUUCGAGAUUGACGCGCAGACAAAGAUCCCCGUGGCCUGUGUUGGUGCUGCAAAAGGCGGAGCAUGGGCAUUUGAACGAGUUUUUGAAGUCGCCGAGGGGGAAAGGAUUGAGUCUUCGAGAGGCUGGACUUAUUUUGGAUAUUCUACUCUCCACGCUAGCAACUUAUCAGAAGCGCAAAUCAGACUCCCCUUCUCGAUACCAUGGAAUGCUCCAGAGACAGUCGCAGACCGCGACUGUUUAUCCUCUGUUUAUUAUGCAAAGCUCACCGAUAUCUACUCCUUUGGAAUGUUCUGUUCUUGACCCGCUUCAGAAGAAGAAUCUAUCGAAUUUCUUCUCUUCUGCCACUGCCUUUGAUCCGAAACAUCGACACUUAGAUCUACAGGAAGCGAUGAAAGGGUUUGCUCAGCUUGUGCAAGUCAUGGUGUUUCCCCUCUGGAGAGCUAUGUACAUGUCUGUAAAUUUCUUACAAAACCGCUCCAAGUGUGCCACCCUGGAGAAUCACGGCUUCAGCACCUAUGAAACUUAUAUGCCGUAUCUCAGCGUGCUCCCUCACCACAAAGACUUUGAUGUCGAAAAAGCGCAAAGCAAUCACUACGCCAAGUCUAGCUUCAGCUUAUACGAUGCCUAUUUCCCACACGAGUCAGCAUUUUCUGGGGAAAUCAGCCCUAAUUUCAACGUACAUGUAGCUGAGGCUACUGCUGCUCCUGCUGCUGGAAAACAUAACUCGAAUGCUGGAUCUUUUCCAAAACUAACCAAGGCCAAAGUGGAAUCGUCAUCCGAGGACUCGUGCCCUUUUGCCUUUCAAACGGCCUUUUGCUAUGCCGUUAGGUUCGGCACGGAUAUGGACGAAUCGGAAGCCAGACUCUGGGUCCAGCGGAGCGGUAGAGCCUGGCACGAUCUCAGAAGCGAGAUCGAGGCGUGUAAGGCAGACCUGACGCCCCUGAUAUAUAAGAACCUUGAGACAGAUUUCUCGCCCAUAAGCUACGUGGAUUACUACGAACAGACGAAACAGCUGGCAGAUGUGCUAGAGGUCUACGAUUCUACUGUGCGUGAUACAGUAAUGGUCCUAGGUGAUAGCCACCCGAUGUACUUGCAUCUAAGCCAACUUCGGGAGCUGCUGCUCCUUCGAAAGGGGCAUAGGUAA